AAGGAAAUUGAAGAUGACAUUGGAGGAUACUCUGAGGAAAGCUCUGAGGAAAGGAACAUUGAUUCUGGGAAUGAAGAAGAGGGAGACAUUGAACAAUUUGAUGAUGAUGAACUAACUGGUGCUCUUGGUAAUCACCAAACCAACAAAGACGAAUCUGAUGGGGAGAACCCUGUCCGCGGUUAUGAUUAUCCUCAGCGGUCUGGUUGUUAUAAAAAAAUACUCCACGGGAUGAUGCUGGUUCUUCAGGAUCUUCGCCAGAAAGUCAUAGAUCGAAAGAGAUGGCUUCUCCAGUUUCUUCACGAAAGUUUGGCUCUUUGUCUGCAUUGGACACUAGGCCAGGUUCUGUCUCAAAAAGACUGGUGGAUGAUACAGAAGAUGGGGAAAUAGCAGCAUCGGGGGAUUCUCACAUAGAUCUCCAACGAUCAGGAAGUUGGGCCCAUGAACGUGAUGAAGGGGAAGAACAGGUUUUGCAACCUACAAUAAAGCGGAAACGGAGUAUUCGUCUAAGACCCCGUCAAACAGGAGAAAGAAUAGACGGUACUGAUAUGCCUCCAGCUCAGCCAUUGCAAGUCAAUCCUAGCUAUCGAUCAAAAUUGAGGACAGUUGUUGACUCGCAUGGUUCAAGACAAGAACAGAGUGAUUCAUCCUCGAGACUUAGGAGUUUACCUGGAAAGAAGAUAGCUAAUACUUCCAAGCUUCAUGUAUCAUCACCAAAAUCUGGUAGAUUGAAUACCACACAGCUUCCCCUGGAGGACAACACUGAAGCUGCCAGAGAAACAUGGGAUGGAACUAGUCCUAUUGGCUCUUCAAAUGCAGGUGCAAGAAUGUCCCACAACAUACAGAAACGGUGCAAAACGGUCAUUAGCAAACUCCAAAGGAGAAUCGACAAAGAAGGUCAGCAGAUUGUGCCUAUGCUGACAAAUUUGUGGAAGAGAAUUCAGACUGGUUAUGCAGCUGGAGGUGUAAAUAAUCUUUUGGAACUGCGAGAGAUAGAUCACCGGUUAGAAAGGCUAGAGUACGCAGGGGUUAUGGAACUCGCAUCUGACGUGCAGUAUAUGCUAAGGGGAGCAAUGCAGUUCUAUGGAUUCUCGCACGAGGUGAGAUCUGAAGCAAGGAAGGUUCACAACCUGUUCUUUGAUCUACUGAAAAUGUCUUUUCCAGAUUCAGAUUUCCGGGAAGCAAGGAAUGCACUUUCCUUCUCUGGACCAACCCCAACGUUGGUAUCUACACUGUCCCCAAGAACAGUAGGUAUUAGUCAGGGUAAGAAGCAAAAGCCGGUUAAUGAAGAGGAACCGGAGCCGAGCUCUCCUCAGAGACCUCAACAACGAGAGAAUUCAAGGAUCAGAGUACAGAUACCUCAGAAAGAAACGAAGCUUGGCGGGACAUCAAGCCACAACGACGACUCUCCAAUUUUAGCUCAUCCAGGGGAACUAGUAAUCUGCAAGAAGAAGAGGAAAGACAGAGAAAAGUCUGCGCCGAGAACCAGAACCGCCGGCUCAAGCAGCCCGGUGUCACCACCAGCAAUGGUGGGUCGUGGUCUUAAAAGUCCUGUGUCUGGUUCAGGUACAAGGGAGACAAGGCUAGCACAGCAGCAAAGAUGGCCAAACCAAGGCACUCAUCCAAAACAACAGCGGUGCGGCUGGUGAUUCAGUGGGAUGGGCUAAUCCGGUGAAGAGGUUAAGGACAUUCUGGUAAAAGAAGGCCGAGCCAUUUAUAGACAGAUUAAGCCUCCUUUAUCUUUAGUGCUUAGAGUGAUAUGUAAUGUGGCAAUUGAAAGCAAUGUAGACUCGCUUGUAAACAAAUAUAAUUCUCUAGAUCUCCUUUCCUGGUAUGUUUCUAUUUAGAAGAAUGUCCUUUUGU